AUGAGCAACACAAAGAAAACAGGAGAUGUUGAUAUUAAAGUCGUCAUGCUGGACGAGCUUGCUGGUCAGGAGAGAUAUGACUCUCUGAGCUCUUUUUACUGUCGGCACACGAACGUAGCCUUGAUUUGCUAUAAUGUUACAGAUGAAUCCACAUUUCACAACAUUCAAAAAUGGUAUCACAAACUUGAGACCAGUGUACCAGCAGAGGAUUGUUUUGUUAUUUUGGUUGGAACUAAAUCAGACUUGGGCAAACCUGUAAUUACAGAAAAAAAAGUGGAAGAUUUGAUCUCUAACAACAGAUUAAUUUACAAACAUUUUGUGACAAGCGCUAAAGACGGAACCAAUGUCAGCACUAUUUUUGAUACCAUUGCAGAAGAAUAUGAACGUAGAAAAGCUACUAACCAGAACAGGCGAUCAUCUAUUGGUAUGGUUCCCAUUUCGCAGCUGCAAACAAACAGUGAUACUUCCCUCAAGAAAGGUUGUUGUGGAUGA